AUGGGUAAAUUUUCAAUGCAAUGUUUAGGCUCGGGAAAGACGACAUUGCUGAAUGCUCUGAGCGGCCGAGUGCGGUGCGAGGGCUCCGUCUGGCUGGGGGAGCGGCCGCUGUCACGCAAACUGCGACACCUCGUGGGUUACUCCACCCAGCACGACCUCUUCCACCCACACCUCCGUCUGCGCCAGAUGCUCCAGUUCACCGCGGAGCUGCGGUUGCCCCACGCGAUGUCGCAGGCGCAGAAGGUCGCCGCCGUGGACGCCGUCAUCGACCUGCUCGGCCUGCAGCACUGCCAGGAAACCAUCAUCGGGGACGCCACGGUCAGAGGACUGUCGGGCGGGGAGCGUAAGCGCGCCUCCAUAGCGUGCGAGCUGCUCACGGACCCGCCCGUGCUGGUGCUCGAUGAGCCCACCUCAGGGCUGGACGCCCACGCGGCCCACUCCCUCAUCGCUAACCUGAAGGCGCUGGCGGUGCAGGAGGGGCGCGCCGUGGUGCUGUCCCUCCACCAGCCCUCCUCCAGGAUUUUCCAUAUGUUGGACACCGUCCUGCUGCUGGCCAAGGGACAGCCCGCGUAUCUUGGCCCCAGCGGAGACGUGGCCCCAUACAUGGCCCAGCUGGGCCUACCAAUCCAGCCGAACUACAACCCUGCGGACUUCUUGUUGGAAGUGGCCACCGAAUACUCUGAGCGUCUGAUACGUCACUACUCGGAGACGCAUCGACCAGGCAACGUCGUACGUCAGUCCAAGAACCCUCCUCCGUGGGUCUUCCAUCAACGUCUCUCGUCACUCUCUGCGUCGCAAUCCAAGCCCAUUCUACGCACCGACGUUGACGACGAGGAUGCUUCGUCGUCUCAUGAACGUCUGGACGUCGGUCAGGAGCUUCCAGAUUACCGGGACUUGCAAUAUUCGAGGCUCACGAACGCGAACGGUUAUCCGCACUCCGUCGUUAUUGACGUUCCGGAUGAACGUUUGACGCAGCGUUUAAGCAACGUUCAACGCUGCGCAUGUGGAAAUAUCGUUCAGUUAUCUCUCGACGUUCUCCCAUCAGUCGAUGGCGAGAACCAUUGUUCAGAAAUUAUUAGUUCCCCGUAUCCCAUAGACUUUUCGCCAUCAUCUACUGUAAGAUUUCCGUCGGAAAUCGCCGUUUCUAACCUCGAUUACGAGUCUUCAGCACACCUCUUCGUUUGCGAUGACUGCAUAAAAAUGAAGAACCAUCAGCAUCUCAUCCACGAUGGGCGAGAUCGUGAUUUAGUGGACUCGAGAGGAGGUCUUGACCUGGGGGAUGAUGAUAGUGAACACCAUCAUGAUCUGCAGAGAUCUUCUUCUUUCCGAGGAUUUAAUGUCAUUAGAUCCUUGCCUGCUCCUCUGUCGGAGGAUGCUUGUCUUAACAAGGGACCGGGGAGACCGACAGACGAGGCCCCGCGGGGCACUUUGCCCGACACGCGCACCACCAGAUCCGUCAAGCGGGACGAGAGCGACAGCGGCCGUGAGUCGUGCAGCAGCGACCACAGCGACGUAGCGUCGUGCUCCGCGGCCUCCGUCGCGCCCUUCGCGUCAUCGCGACGUCACUUGCGUCUCUACGCCGCCGACGCGCGCUGGCCUGCGUCGUACUGGACCCAGUGUCGGGCGCGCUGCUUCGCGGUGUACCGCCCCAUCAUCACGUCGCGGGUGAACUGGGUGCAGACGCUGGGGUUCGCGCUGCUGGCGGGGGUGCUGUGGUACCAGGCGCCCCGUACAGAGGAGGGCAUCACGGACCUGCAAGGCUGGAUGUUCUUCUCCACAUCCUACUGGAUGAUGCACAGCCACUUCCAGGCCCUCAAUACAUUCCCGCGGGAGAAGGCGGUGCUGGAGAAGGAGCGGGGCAGCGGCUGGUAUCGCAUCAGCGCCUACUACAUCGCCAAGACCCUCAGCGAACUUCCCCUCACCAUAGCCCUGCCUUCCCUCUAUUUCAUCAUCUCAUACCCUCUGAUGGCAGGCGUGUCCAAUGCCCUCGGCAUGCUGCUGCUGCUCCUCAUGCUUCUCCUCAACGCCCUUGUGGCUCAGAGCGUGGGACUGCUGGUGUCGGUGACGUUCUCGGACAUUGAGCACUGCUGGGCGGUGAGUGCCCUGAUCACGCUCUUCCAGCAGCUGUUCGGAGGCUUCCUCUCCACGCGCGUGCCUCCAUGGAUGGAGUGGGCGCGCUACCUCUCCAUGGUGCAGUACGCCUACACCAACAUGUGCUACAUCGAGUUCUCCAUGGGGCUCCCUGUCGCGUGCGCCGCCGAGCUGUCACGGUAUCCGUCCUGCGCGUCGGGCAACACAACCGUCGUGCCCGUCGCAGAGAUCCUCGCCUCCACCGGCGUCUCUGGGUCCUCUAUAGGCCCCUCCGUCGUGUGGAUGAACACCGCAGCGCUGGUCCUGUACCUGGUGGUGGCGAGGCUCCUAACUUACCUUGUAUUAAGAUACCGAUACCGUCCUAAGUAUUAAUAGUUAAUUAUUUAGGCGAUGUUUGUUAGAGGUGCGCUAUGUAAACCACGGAAUGCUAUCCGUUCUGAAUCAUCUCAUGGCUUCUUAGUCUCAGGAUAUUCUUCAUGAUCAGGAUUUUCUGAAAUUAUUUUGGAUGAAUUAGUCCAAUUAAUUCAAGGAAGAAAUUCGAAUUAAAUCUCCAAUCUAAAUAAAUUUCAAUUAAAUUUAGAAUAUUUGACUUUGAAUAUACGUUAAUGAAAAAGUGCAACUGUUGAAGAAUUUGUCUGUGAAGAAAGCGUCAACCACUGCUACAAUGUAUAAAACUUAUCAUUAUUCAGAUGCUAUGCGAUCCAUUACUUAGGAACUCAAUAUGAUAUGUAAGGACCGCGUGCUUGUUUGUAUAUUUCUCAAUAAGUACGGCUAAAUUAUAACUAGCCAUUUAUCAAUUUUAAUCGCCAAUUUUAAAAUCAGCACAAAUAGGCAGUAUAUUGAAUGUAUAUAAAUUAUCCCUUGCAAUGAUUGAUGAAUAGUUCCAUGCUCGUGAGUGCAAAGUUUUCGGUUAAAUAAAAGCUUGGAUAAAUGAAUAAUAUCAAAUCGAAUAGUGUUGUACAAUUUUAAAGGUUCGAACAUUUUCAUUAUAGUAGCAUAAUAGCUGAGCGUGCUGUGAACUGCCAGCAUGACGGUACGUCGAACUUUACUCUUAGCGACAUAUUCCGAACUUUGUGCUUGUUCAGGCGUGCUUGUUUCAUUUGUGCGAGGUUCGCAAUCGUAUGCUUUUACGUACUAUCGCCUUUAAUUUUGGAUUUAUGUGCCCUCUUCGAUCUUGCAGUGGCACAUCGUUGCAACUCAGAAUCUUGGGAUUUGUUUGUUCACUGUAUUUUGGAACAGAGGAUCCUUUACGUUUCUUCCUCAUUUCGUUAUGUGAACCUAAGAAUUUAGUGCGCUUCUCGCUUGCCAUCAUGGAACUAAGAAUGUUGUACGCUUUUCACUUGUCAUCUUGGGAACGAAGAAUCUAGUGCGCUUUUUCACUUGCCAUUGGAAUGAAGAAUCUAGUGCGCUUUUCGCUUGCCAUCUUGGGAAUGGAGAAUCUAGUG